AGGGCUAGGGCUAGGGCUAGGGCUAGGGCACCGAACUGAAGGCGAAACAAGGUGCCCCGCAGAGUGGAAUAUCUCCGUCUCUCUCUCUGUCGGUUCGCUGCCGGACCCUCCUUCGUUACUGUACCUCCCUCGACAGAAACCCCCAAGUAGACCCAAAAGCAACGAUGACUUCCCUGUACAGCAUCAACUACCACACUCGCGCCCACAAACGCGACGCCUUCAUCGAAUUCAUCAAAUCCCUCCUCCUCAACCCUUUCGUCCUGCACACCCGUCCCAGUUUCCUCGCCGCUGAUUCCGAAGAGACGCCCGAAUGGGAAAAGAAGUUUGCUCCUGCGACUCGCACGCAGAAGAAUAGUCAUUGUGGAGAAGGGGAGGAAACGCAGGAUGAGAAUGUGAAGCGGUAUUGCGAGGUGCUGCAGUGUGUCGAGGAGCUGAUUUAUGAUCAUAUUUUGCAUCAGAGGCAGAAUCUCAUCGAACUAUCCCGCCUAUCAGCCCUGGUCCCCAGCAUCGGGCGUUUCUUCACUCCCCUCCCGCUCCGCAACAGUUUCAUACGUCAGGACGCAAAACGCGCGAUCGCCGCUCGACGGUCCGUCCCGCCCAGUUUCAACGACAUCCGGGCCGUGUUGAAUGAUGCGCAGGUUACCGCCAUCAGCUCCACCGUGAAACUCAUGACUUUCGACGGCGACAUGACCCUCUACGCCGACGGCGCCAACUUCCCGCCCACCUCCUCCCUCGUCCGCCUCCUGAUCACCCUUCUCCACCACGGCCUCCACAUCGCCGUCGUCACCGCCGCCGGGUACCCGAACUCCCCAGCAAAGUACGAAACCCGCCUCGCCGGCCUCCUCACCGGCUUCCGCUCCUCCUCGCUCCCCGCCGCCGCCCUCGAGCGGUUCUACGUCAUGGGCGGCGAAUGCAACUACCUCUUCCGCUACGACGCCGCCCGCGGCCACCUUGUCGGCGUGGCCCCCGAGGUGUAUGAACCGGAGGCGGUGCGACGGUGGAGUACGGACGAGGGGCUGAUUGCAGGCGUGUUGGAUGUGGCCGAGGGCGCGUUGAGGGCGGGCGCAAGCGAGAUGAAGUUGGAGGGCAAGGUCGAUGUGCUCAGGAAGGGGAGGGCCGUAGGCGUUGUGCCCAAGGACGGGGUGCGGUUGACCAGGGAGACGUUGGAUGAAUUCGCGCUAACGGCCCAACGCGCCCUCACAUCCCACUCCCUCGCCCAAUCCCGCUCCCCUCCCGCCACCACGACCACGACAUCCACCCCGCCACCGACGGUCCCGUUCUGCGCGUUCAACGGCGGCAGCGACGUGUGGGUCGACAUUGGGAACAAGCUGAUCGGCGUGCAGAUGCUGCAGGCGUUCCUCGGAACCAAGGGGUGGGAGACGCUGCAUGUCGGUGACCAGUUUUUGUCAACGGGAAAUGAUAUAUCGACGCGAACGGCGUGUUGUACGGCAUGGGUGACGAAUCCGGAGGAGACGGCGGAGAUCCUGACCGAGCUUUGUUCGUUGCUGGGUGCGGGAGAGGGGGGCAAGUGAGGACACAUAUAUAUGUGUGGAUGAGGCGCGGCA